UUUUUCCAUCAUCCAUCAUUAAUAUUCCUUUCUUCUCGUACGUUCCCUCUCUCUCAAUGGAAAAUUUAAGCGGUUUUAAAGGAUGACGGUUUGUUGGUCCUUCGCUUUCGCACUCUCCAUCAUCGCCAUCAACGUCGCCUUUACCGACUCCGAGAGAAUUCCCUCCACUCUCGACGGCCCUUUCGACCCCGUAACCGUCCCCUACGAUGUCAGCUUGCGCGGUAACGCUGUCGAUUUGCCCGACACUGAUCCCCGUGUGCGCCGCAGCGUCAGAGGAUUCGAGCCCGAGCAGAUUUCGGUCUCUCUCUCCGUCAAUUACGACUCUGUUUGGAUCUCAUGGGUCACCGGGGAAUUCCAAAUUGGUAACAACAUAAAGCCAUUGGAUCCUAAUACUGUUGCGAGUUUGGUUCGUUAUGGGAGGUCAAGGUUUCCAUUAACUCGUGAAGCCAUUGGCUAUUCUUUGGUGUACAAUCAGCUUUACCCCUUUGAAGGCCUUCAGAAUUAUACUUCUGGAAUCAUCCACCACGUUCGUCUAACAGGACUGAAACCCAGCACACUAUAUUAUUAUAGAUGUGGAGAUCCUUCAAUACCGGCCAUGAGUGAUAUCUAUCACUUCAGGACUAUGCCAGUUUCUAGUCCCAGGAGCUACCCAAAGAGAAUAGCAGUUGUUGGAGAUCUUGGACUAACAUAUAAUACAACUGACACAAUCAGCCAUUUAACAACGAACAAUCCUGAUCUAGUUCUAUUGAUCGGUGAUGUAACUUAUGCAAACCUGUACCUCACAAAUGGUACUGGUUCAGACUGCUAUGAUUGCUCAUUUCCAUAUACUCCAAUACAUGAGACCUAUCAACCUCGUUGGGAUUACUGGGGGAGGUUUAUGCAGAGUUUAAUUUCUAAAACUCCAAUAAUGGUGGUAGAAGGGAACCAUGAAAUAGAGGAGCAAGCUGGGAACCAGAAAUUUGCAGCAUACAGUUCUCGAUUUGCAUUCCCUUCUAAAGAAAGUGAAUCUUCGUCCACAUUCUACUACUCCUUCAAUGCAGGGGGGAUACAUUUUAUCAUGCUUGGAGCAUAUAUUGCUUAUACUAAAUCAGCGGAGCAAUACAGUUGGCUGGUGAGGGACUUAGCUAACGUGGAUAGAUCCGUGACUCCAUGGCUGGUAGCUGCUUGGCACCCACCAUGGUACAGUUCUUAUAAAGCCCAUUAUAAAGAAGCAGAAUGUAUGAGGGUGGCAAUGGAAGAAUUACUAUACAGUUAUGGUGUUGAUAUAGUCUAUAAUGGACAUGUUCAUGCCUAUGAAAGGUCCAAUCGAGUUUACAAUUAUACAUUAGAUCCAUGUGGACCAGUACAUAUCACCAUAGGAGAUGGGGGAAAUCGUGAAAAGAUGGCAAUUGAACAUGCUGACGACCCUGGUAACUGUCCCGAGCCAUCAUCAACCUAUGACGUGGCUAUUGGUGGAUUUUGUGCAACAAACUUCACAAGUGGUCCAGCAGCUGGAAAGUUUUGUUGGGAUCGGCAACCUGAUUACAGUGCCUUCAGAGAAAGUAGCUUUGGCCAUGGGAUCCUUGAGGUGAAGAAUGAGACUUGGGCUUUAUGGACCUGGUAUCGAAACCAGGACUCGAACACUAAGGUUGGUGAUCAAAUUUACAUAGUGAGGCAACCUGAUAUGUGUCCUGUCCCUCACAAACUACCAAAAAGUUGGUUUGCAGACAGUUAAAUGACGUUACAAAAGAAAUUCACUGUGCUUUGUGUGGGCUUUACUGAAGAUCCAGGUAGUUUAGGGAAAAAAAAAACCGUAUCUAACAGCUCUCUUGCCCUGGCUCUCUCCCCUGACUUUCUUUAUAUGAUAGCUGUAGUUAUAUAUGUGAUACAGCUCUUGAAAUGAAAUGUGUGCAAAGAGAAACAAGAUGUCA